AUGAAUUGGCAUAGAAAAAAAUUANUCUCUAAUCGUGAGCUCUGGUCUAUAUGGCCAUUCGAUAAAACAAUUCUACUUAAAGUUAUGAUUGAUGACAGAUCCCGUACAACAUGGUCUGGUUUGCAUAGUAUAAUUAAUGAUUUUCGUAAGACUAUUGGUUUAUCACCGUUACAUACUCGUCAAGCUGUUCGUUUAAUGCUGGAUGAACAUGUACCACAUACGUAUUGCUGGUCACCUUCACUUGUUCCUAAACCAGCUGAUUGGCCUUCACAUAUUGAUAUAUCUGGAUUUUUCUUUCUUGAUCUUGCAACAAAUUAUAAACCACCGGAUAAUCUUGUUCAGUUUCUUGAAUCGGGUGAUCUACCAAUUUAUAUUGGUUUUGGUUCAAUUACUGGUCAUGAUUCUGAACGAAUCUUACAAGCUGUACUUGAAGCUUUAGAAGCUACUGGAUAUCGAGCUUUACUUUCCGGGUUUGAUAUAGAUGUUGAUAAACUACCCGAUAAUGUUCUAAAAAUUGGCAAUUGCCCACAUGAUUGGCUUUUCAAACACGUGGCAGCUGUAUGUCAUCAUGGUGGUGCAGGAACAACUGCAGCUGGUCUUCUUGCUGGAAAGCCUACUAUUAUAGUACCAUUUUUUGGUGAUCAAUUCUUUUGGGGAUCAGUGAUAAGUAAAAGUGGCGCCGGUCCACCGCCAAUGCCAGGUAAAACUGUAACGGCAAAAGAAUUAGCUGCUGCAUUCACUUUUGUGCACGAUCCAAAAGUACAAUGUGCUGCUUUAAAAAUAAGUUCUGAUUUUCAGCAGGAACAUGGUUGUGAAACUGCUGUUCGAUCAUUUCAUGCAAAUUUACCGUCAAAUAAAAUGCAUAGUGAUCUUGAAUCAUCAUUUGGUGCAUGUUUUCGAUUAAAUGAUUAUUAUUUACAAAUUUCACGUCCAGUUGCUCAAGUACUUCUUGCUGCUGAAGCUAUUAAAGAAGAUCACUUAACAUUACAUGCUACUCAUAAUUGGCAUACAUUAAUGCACAACAAUCGCUUCGAAUCAUGUACUAGUGGUUUUAGACGAGCAAUAUCAAGAUUUGCAGUUUCAGCUCAUCUUUCAAAGCGAUCAAGGAGUACAAGUUAUUUAGAAAGAAACAGAUCGUUUAGUAGACUAAAUAUUUAUGAACAUGAUCUUAUAAGUGUAAGACGUUCUUUCAAAGAUAAUUUAUCAUUAUAUGGUGAAAUAAAAGAACAAACUGAAGAAAAACAUGAUGAAAAUUUGGAAUUAGCAGAGAAAGUUAAACAAGGCGUUCAUUAUGAUCUUCCUACUAUUGUUAAAAAAUCUUCUAUUCAUAAUCGUCCGCGUACUACUGUUGGUACAUUUUCAUCAUGUACUAUUAAUUCGUUACAUAGAAAUAAUUCUAAAUCACGAACAACUGAUCAUAUGUUACGAGAUUCACCUUAUCGGAAUCAGCAGACCCGAAACAUACGUAGUGUACAAACAAAUAAAAAAAAUCAAGGUCCACCAUUUUUAACCAAGCAGAAGUCUUUAUUACACUCAAAAGAUAAAAAUAAUAGUAAAUCACGAGAACAAAAAGCUGCAGAUAUGUCGGGUUUCUCAACUGAUACAUGUAGAAAAAUUUUAGCUGACUUUCAAGAAAUAAAAUCUGAUCAACAUCACUUCAAUGGCAAAUCAAAACAUCGAAUGGGAAUUUCAAUUCUACCUAUGCUAUAUCGACCACGUAGUCAUCCAAGAGUAAUUCAUUAA